AUGGAGAAAGCAAGGAACAAAACAACUUUCGGCAGUGGAUUAAUUGUCAAGAUUAAAGGAGAAACAAUGGUUCCUCCAGCAGAGGAGACACCUAAAGAUUUGCAUUUCUUGUCUAACCUCGACACCAGGGUGCAUAUGAUAGACACUAUUUACUUUUUUAACGAAACAACCGAUGUUGGCAGAUUGGAUGCAGCUGAAAUCAUUAAAGAUGGUUUAGGAAAAGUACUUGUUCACUACUAUCCUGUGGCUGGACGGAUCAUAAAGAAUGAAAAGGGCAAGUUUAUGGUUCAUUGCACAGGUGAAGGCGCUCUUUUCGUUGAUGCAGAGGCCAACCUUACGUUGGACGAAAUGGGCGACUUCACGAAACCUGAUCCUGCUACUUACGGGAAACUUGUUUAUGGCCAUCUUGAUCAAAGAAACAUACUACUAAAUCCUCUAGUUGUGGCUCAGGUGACCAAGUUCAAGUGUGGAGGGUUCGUUCUUGGAUUAAGUAUGAAUCAUGCUAUGGCCGAUGGAACCAGUACAGUGGAGUUUAUGAGGUCAUGGGACAUCGUAGACGUAUUCAACACUAAGGCUAUCUUCGAACAAGAAAUGCUUAUUACCAAGUCUUUUAUUUUUCACCGUGAGAAUCUUGAAAAACGUAAGAAAAAAGCUAUGGAGGAUGGGGUUCUACGAAGGUGUAGUAGUUUCGAAGUACUUACAGCUUUGAUGUGGAGAGCUCGAACUCAAUCGUUGAGAUAUAAUCCUGAUCAACAAGUAAGACUACUCUUUGUGGUUGAUGUACGGUCUAGACUAGACCCAAAGCUACCAAAAGGUUACUUUGGCAAUGCAUUCUUGCUGAUGAAUUGUCAGUGUAGCGUGAGUGAGAUGCUAGACAGCCCACUGUCAUCGAUAAUAGAACGAAUCCAAAGAUCUAUGAAGAUGGUUACAGAUGAAUAUGUGAAAUCAACCAUAGAUUUCUUAGAAGAGCCAAAAGGAACUCUACCUCACAGUUCUACAGUAUUUUUAAGUGCUUGGUCUAAUCUUGGAUAUAUAAUAGUAUGGAUUUUGGAUGGGGAAAACCGUUUUUCGCAGGCCCUCCCACGUUACCUAUAA